GUGGUCGUGGUCGUGGCCGUGGUCGUACAUCGUCAUCAAGUGGUAGUCAAACAUCUUCGUCGGUGAAUAUGCCCGGCACCGGCAGAAUGGACAUUGAACAUUUUCCAUAUAAAGACAGGAUCCCUAACAUCAUGAUGCCGUUCCUGGACGGGUGGAAUGAUGUGGUUGCAGAUGGUAACUGUGGAUUUCGGGUUGUGGCUGAUGUGUUUCAGAUGGGUGAAGACAACUACGGUUUAGUGCGUCAGUUGAUGUACAGUGAAAUCGCCUCAAACCGAGCUGUUUAUCGCCACGUGUACGGACAGGACUUGGAUAGGUCUCUGCAGCGUAUCCGGUGGGGAGGAGGACGUUGCGGUCAAAAUCAUUGGUUCGACGCGCCCCUUGAUCUCUUCGCCGUUGCAAACAUCUACAAGUGUGCAGUGAUGCAUUUCGGCCUUGGUUUGCAUGGUCGAGCUUACUAUCCGUGUACCACGGUUCUGCCUUGGUGUUCGCGUGAGACCGUCACCAGACCGGUAAGAGAGGUUGCUAUUGGAUUUCUGGGGCCGUCAUACAGACAUUUCAUCCGACUGGACCUGUCACCCGAUUUUCCGGUCCCACCGAUUAUACCAACGUGGUACACCAUUCGUACAGCAAGCGUAGAGGGCUGGGAUGCGUUAUAUCAUGACCGGGUGCAGCAGUGGAACAAUCUAGUUGCCUUUUCUAUGUGACCUAAUAUUGCUAUUGCUAUGUUUUUCCCAUUUAUUUAAUUUUCGGAUUCUAAUUUUCGUA